AGUGUGACUAUCAACAACAUGGCAUGAAAUUUAAAAAAAUUCGCUGCGUUGACGAGGAAAUGAUACUUGUGUUGUGACAUUAACAUUCUGCUCACUUUGCAGGCGUUAGCUCCCAGUUCCAAAAUAUAAUGUGUAUAUUUUCAUAUUCUUCUGGUAAAUACGCAACGUUGUCGCUCUAAUUUGUUUGUCGCUCUAAUUUGUCGCUCCAUGAAAAUGUACAAGAGAACUUUAUUCGCAUCCACACUAUAAAGUUUCAGGUUUUUAUUGUAGAGUGUGAUAUAACUUCGGGUGCAGCAUCAGCGAGUUGAAUUAAUUGACUUACAGGAUGAUCUCUUCAGUGAUAUUCUUGUUCAUUCUCUUACUGGCCGUCAGGGAAGGAAACCCGUCAGUGCCGUGGGAUUACGAAACUAAGGAAGACUGGCCGCGACAGUUCCCCCUAUUCUGCGCUGGCAAGAGGCAAUCGCCUAUCAACAUUGACAGAUUCUCAGUGCAGUACUCGCACUGGGUCGGCAUCUACCCCAUCUACUUCUACAACUACGAAGUUAUCCCUGAGCAACAAAUCGCCAUCAACAACGGCGAGCAAUUGCAGGUGAUGCACAACAGUAAGGUGCCGCCCAGUAUCAAAGGAGGCGGUCUGCACGGUACCUACUUACUGUCGCAGUAUCACUUCCAUUGGGGCUCCGACUCCUCCAAGGGCUCCGAGCACACCAUCAACACUGUCAGGUACCCGAUGGAGCUGCACCUGGUGCACUACAAAGCCCAGUACGGAGACAUGAUGAACGCCCUGCGCUACGCUGACGGCGUCGCGGUGCUGGCGGUGCUGUUCGAGGUGUCCUCGCGCGACAACCCGGCCCUCGCACCCGUCUUGCAACAGGUCCAGAACAUCAGACGUGGCAGAGGGACUCCAAUGACGCCCGUUAACGCGCCCUACGCGGUAGCGUCUCUCUUGCCUGACGACACGAAGAGCUUCUACAGGUACGAAGGCAGCCUCACCUCACCCCCCUGUAACGAGGUCGUCAUUUGGACGGUCUUCAAGGAGCCUGUGCACGUAUCACAAAAUCAGCUGGAACUAAUGAGAACGCUUUUGGAUCUGCACGAUGAACCCAUCGAAGACAAUUUUAGAAAUCCACAGCCCCUGAACAAUAGACGGGUUUACAGAUCCUUCUUCAAAUGGUGACCAAAUUCUGUACAGGCACACUUCAGUUUAAUGACAAAAGAUGUGAAAAGUUUUUCAUCGUGAAUUCGGCUGUGUAAAUUGUUAGGCACAAGCCUAAUACUUUCUGUACAAACGCUUUAUGAAAGGUCAUUUUGUAAAAAAAUGGUUAUUUCAUAUCUGCAAGCUAGAUAUAUUUUUUUGAUAAAAGUUAUGGUUGGAGCUCAGAAUGUGCGUUUUCCAACGUGCGUGAUGUGUUUAUAAUUUUCUGGCAGUGGCUUGAAAAUUUCAUUUCAACCACUUACAUAACCAUUAUUAUUAAGGACCCUCUAUUCGUACAUAUACAAAUAGGACCAUAAAUAAAGAAAACUGAGGCUCCUACCUGUUCAGGUAUCAGAAAUUUUCAAAAAAUUCGAAUUACGAA